AUGGAAUCCGUUGCCCAGAAAGUGCUAACUUCAGGUUUUGCUCUCGACUUGGGACCCCUCAAAGAGCCUUUGGCGUUCAUCCGGUUGCUCGAAUGGGUGUUCUCAAUUUUUGCCUUUGCCACAACUGGAGGCUACAGCGGUACAAGCAGUGUCAAUGUCCAGUGUCCUGGCAGCCAAAUUAAAGAAAUCCACGCAAACUUCAACUACCCAUUUAGGUUGAUGGCACAUCCUUACGAAGUCCCCACCUGUGUUGUCAAUCAAACCAAGCCAGUGGUUUUAUACCUGACUGGAGAUUAUGCGUCAUCAGCACAGUUUUACGUCUGCAUUGGAGUGUUAGCGUUUCUUUAUAGCACCGCUUCCCUCGUAAUCUAUUUAGGCUUCCAGCAUCUCUACAGAGAAUCCAGUCGUGGUCCAAUUGUGGACUUGCUGGUGACGGUGGCGUUUGCAUUUAUGUGGCUGGCUUCCUCUUCCGCGUGGGCCAAAGGCUUGUCGGAUGUGAAGUGGGCUACCAGUCCUACCACCAUUCUGACUUUUCUUGAUGUGUGCAAGGACAACAACAUCAAUUGCACAGCUGGGGCAAUGCCUCACAUGGGCCGACUUAAUGCCUCAGUGAUUUUUGGUUUCCUUAAUGUCAUUUUGUGGGGUGGCAACUGCUGGUUCAUUUACAAGGAAACUCCUUUCCACAAGUCGGCCCAGCCACCUGCUGCAGAUGUGGAGGGUGGUGCUCGACCCUCGUAA